AAAUAUUAGUCAGCCCCAUCGUCCCAAUUGUCACUUGAGGUUCAAAUGUCAGCGGGGCGAUGCAUCAUUUGGCCCAGGGAAUAAUAUUUAGCAUUAAUCUCACGCGAAAUUUAAGUUAAUACAUCGAAUACAAGUUUGUGCUCUUACGAUGGGUUCCACAACAGAAAUAUCUCUAUCGCAGCAGCUGACGCAGCGUGAAUUCUACAUUGGACUCGGGCUGGCGGUGUCCUCGAGCCUGUUUAUUGGGUCGAGUUUCAUUAUAAAGAAAGUGGCCCUGAUCAGGCUGAGUAGGAUUGGCGAGGUUCGAGCUGGAGCUGGCGGCUAUGGAUAUUUGAAGGAGUGGAUCUGGUGGGCAGGAUUACUCACGAUGGGAAUUGGCGAAGCAGCAAAUUUCGCCGCCUACGCCUUUGCGCCAGCCUCGCUAGUAACACCGCUUGGAGCCCUCAGUGUAAUCAUUUCCGCAAUAAUGGCAUCUAAAUUUCUGAAAGAGAGACUGAACCUACUUGGAAAGUUGGGCUGCUUGCUGUGCAUUCUUGGGUCAACGGUGAUAGUUUUACAUUCCCCGAAGGAAGCGGAAGUCGAAGACUUGAACGUUUUAGUUGAAAAGUUUCAAGACUCUUCCUUCGUCACAUAUCUUAUGGUGAUAGUUUCAGUGUCCGCUUUUAUUGCCUUCUAUGUCGGACCCAGGUAUGGCCACGUGAAUGUGAUAGUCUAUAUAACGCUCUGCUCAGCAAUCGGGAGCUUGACGGUGAUGUUCUGUAAGGCCUUGGGGCUCACCAUUCGAGACACAUUAUCGGGCAGGUCCAACGAUUUCUCGACCUGGCUACCUUGGCUGCUGAUAAUGGCCACGGCCGUUUGCAUCGCUAUUCAGAUGAACUACUUGAACAAAGCUUUGGAUAUUUUCAAUACCAGCAUUGUCACGCCUGUCUAUUAUGUAAUGUUCACAACCCUUGUCAUCAUGGCUUCUGCUAUUUUGUUCAAGGAAUGGCGAAAUAUGGAGGCGCAGGAUGUCGUUGGCGACCUAUGUGGGUUUUUCAUAGUAGUCAUAGCCGUUUUCCUCUUGAAUGCAUUCAAGGACCUGGAUAUAUCCAUUAAUGACGUACGGGGUAUUAUGCGGUCGCGAUACCAACGGACAUACAUGGAAGAUCCGCUAAUUCGUCAAUGCCCGCGUGAUGGCUAUUCGUAUGGCUCAAACGAGUUGCUGAGAAAGGCGUGACUAAAAUACCAGCAGUGACUGAUUCCACGUAUAUUUAUAAGACUUAUGGUUCUUUUGUAGUUUUAUGAUGAAGAACUCAUUUUAGUAGUGCAUUAAGAUGUAAGGAAAAAGUGCCGAACUGGUACACCGAAUGGAGUACUUUUUUGUUAUUUCAUAUUUAUUAUUUCGCCUUUUGUUGAGGCUUUAAUAAAAUAUUUUCAUGGAA